CCGCAAAGCCCGCCCUCCCCCUGCACUGUCACGUGAUGCUGCCGGGUCCAGCGCCGCUCUGAAGUGAAGUCGCUCCGCCAUUUUCCUGCAGCUUCCCGUUAGUCUGGGAGCCAGUGCCUCGCGGCGGUCACUCAGUAUCGGAUUACAGGGUGGGAGUGGGUUGUUAAAGGGACCAGGAGACCCACCCCCCACUCAGCGGCGGGGCCUGAGACCUCGCGUGUCCCCCUUCAGCGCCCUCCUCCUCCAUGGUCACGUGUGCAGCGCUGGAGGCAUCGUCACUCCGGAAUCCGCCUUCUCCUCAGCGCACCGGCUGCUCCUCCCAGUGACAGGGAACAUGUCCGGCCAGAGCAUCACCGACCGCAUCACCGCGGCGCAGCACAGUAUGACCGGCUCGGCCGUCUCCAAGACCGUGUGUAAGGCCACUACCCACGAGGUUAUGGGCCCCAAGAAGAAACACCUGGACUAUUUAAUUCAGUGCACCAACGAGAUGAAUGUAAACAUCCCACAGCUGGCGGACACGUUAUUUGAAAGAACAACCAACAGUAGUUGGGUGGUGGUCUUCAAGUCCCUUAUAACAACCCACCAUCUGAUGGUGUAUGGAAAUGAGCGGUUUAUCCAGUAUCUUGCAUCAAGAAAUACAUUGUUCAAUUUAAGCAAUUUCCUGGACAAAAGUGGGCUACAAGGAUACGACAUGUCUACAUUUAUUAGACGCUACAGUCGGUACCUGAAUGAAAAGGCAGUUUCCUACAGACAAGUUGCUUUUGACUUCACCAAAGUAAAGAGAGGGGCUGAUGGAGUGAUGCGGACAAUGAAUACAGAAAAGCUACUAAAGACAAUGCCCAUUAUACAGAACCAAAUGGAUGCACUACUUGAUUUCAAUGUUAAUGCCAACGAGCUGACAAACGGGGUCAUUAAUGCUGCCUUUAUGCUCCUCUUCAAAGAUGCCAUACGUCUGUUUGCUGCAUACAAUGAAGGGAUCAUUAAUUUGUUAGAAAAAUAUUUUGACAUGAAGAAAAAUCAAUGUAAAGAAGGCCUCGAUAUCUACAAGAAAUUCCUCACACGGAUGACCCGAAUUUCAGAGUUCUUGAAAGUAGCAGAGCAAGUUGGGAUUGAUCGAGGAGACAUACCUGAUCUUUCUCAGGCUCCAAGCAGUCUACUUGAUGCUUUGGAACAACAUUUAGCCUCACUGGAAGGAAAGAAAAUCAAAGACUCAACAGCAGCAAGCAGGGCAACAACUCUUUCAAAUGCAGUGUCAUCACUUGCAACCACAAGCCUGUCGCUCACCAGGGUGGAUGAAAGGGAAAAGCAAGCUGCACUGGAGGAAGAACAGACACGUUUAAAAACUUUAAAGGAACGACGUCUCAAAGAGCUUUCAAAGAAACCUAACGGCACCUCCACGACGGCCUCCUCCCCGGUCUCCUCUACAGCCGGCAGUAUAAAUACCACAGCAGCUAUUGAUAUGUUUGCCACCCCUUCUUCUUUAAACAGUAGUACCAAGCUCUCCAAUGACCUGCUAGACAUGCAGCCAACCUUCCAGCCAUCUGUUCAUCCGCAGGUAGCAGGUUCCUGGGCAGAUCCUUUCACCUCUGAAGCUGCUGAUGAUUCCAUUCCAAGUCUAAAUCCUUUCCUCAGUAAAGCUAGCGAGGGUGUUCAACUACCUGUCGUAUCUACUGAUUCAGCCAGUUUUACUGCUAAGACACCUAGCCAUGAAAUAUUUAUUGAUUCUUUCUGUGGUCCACAAGGCUACCCUAAUCCUUCCCAUUUCCGCAGUGAGCCCUCUACAGUAGCCGGUCUAUACGGAGGGUUCACACCAUCCCUAGCUGUUCAACCACAAUCCUCCGGCGGCCUUAAUGUUGACUUUGAUUCAGUGUUCGGCAACAAAUCUCCUUCCAAUAUUAACAUUGACUCAACAGCUUUUGAUGAUAUGGGUGGGCUUCUAAAGCCGACAGUAGCCUCUCAGAAUCAAAAUCUUCCCUCCUCUAUGAACCCACAAAACAAACUGGUGUCUGAUGACCUGGAUUCAUCCCUCGCCAACCUUGUGGGCAAUCUGGGCAUUGGAAAUGGAACGACAAAGAAUGAUAUUUAUUGGAGUCAGCCUGGGGAGAAGAAGCUCACUGGUGGGACCAACUGGCAGCCAAAAGUCGCUCCUACGACAACAUGGAACCCUGCAACUUUGAAUGGCAUGCAUUUUCCACAAUACGCACCACCAGUAAUGGCUUUUCCUGCAACAACGCCUACUGGAAUUGUGGGAUUUGGAAUGUCUCCAAUGGGAACAGUACCAGUUAUACAACAGCCACCAUUAAUAUACAACCAGCCUGUUAUGAGGCCACCGAAUCCCUUUGGCCCUGUAUCAGGAGCACAGUUGUCUGCGGCAUCCAGCCCCUCCAGCCAGAGUCCUCACAGAGCUCCAGGCGAGGACCACUACCCACAGCUCUCUUUGCAGGAUUUCUUGUAGGACGCAUUAGAUGCAGUUCAUGUAAUCCAGCUGGAGGGGGGAUCACCCUUAGAAAAGGCAACGCUAAGUAACAAAAUCCCUACUUCCAGUUCAAUCCAAGCUGCUGUAAAGCUCUCCUCUUCCACGGGAAUGGCCGAAGAACAAGUCGCGGCGGAUAUGAAAGACCCGAAGCUUUCCCUAGAAGAUAGUUGGAAAGGGACCUGAUGUAUUCCAGCCACUCGUCUUCAGUCAUAUAGAGUCAUGGUACCGGUCUUAUAGAGGGGGUACAGUUAAGAUAAGAGGACCCACAAAUGCUAAGCGCUGUGAUUGGCUCUGCUGGGUGAAGUGAAACGAGCUCUCAAACAGCGGUAACAUUGCGGGCGCUUCCCUUGGGCUGUAAGAGGGUGAAUCCAAAACACAAGCCCCUUGUCAUUAAUCAGAACUUUAAUUUCUUCUGCUUGGACACACACAUAUACCUAUAUAGACCGUAAUUGACGUUAACACUUUUUAUUACCUCCUCCCACCUUUGAAAAUCAUAUAUAUAUAUAUAUAUAUAUAUAUUAUGUUUGCAGUAGACAUUCCUUAUGUAUUAUUUCUAUUUAUUUAUGAUUAUCAGUUUAACAAUUAAUGUAUCAAACACCUUACGUAUGAAUGUAUAAAAUUCCUUUUUUUUUUUUUUUUUUUUUAAAUAUGAAACUUAUUCCAUACAGAGCACUAAAUAUUUUUAAGUCCGUAUAUUGCUAAUGGGAAGCGCCACAUUUUAUCAGUCUUUUAAUGGUUUGGUCCGCGUCCAGUCCCCGUAGACAUCAUUUUGUGCCUGGGAUUUUGCAAGUGGGGAGGGUGGGAAGCACUACAUUUUAAAUCCCAUUUAUUUACGGGGAAAGGAAUUUAUCGCUUUGUGCUUGGCAGGUCAUUAUUUUACAUUCGACAUGGUAAUGCCUUUCAGACAAAACAAAAUGAAUGUCAGGAAUUGCUUUCAUUGUGUAUUUUCCUUUAAGACGAGUGAGAUGGGUUUAUAAUGAAGCCCCUUUGUUGGCAGAGACCUAAAUCUUCACACUCAAAAAAAAAAAUUGUAUAAAAAGUGCCAUAA